CCUCGCAGGAGCUCAACAACAGCCGGCCCGCCCGCCAGGUGCGCCGCCUCGAGUUCAACCAGGCCAUGGACGACUUCAAGACCAUGUUCCCCAACAUGGAUUACGACAUCAUCGAGUGCGUGCUGCGCGCCAACAGCGGCGCCGUGGAUGCCACCAUCGACCAGCUGCUGCAGAUGAACCUGGAGGAGGGUGGCGGCAGCGUCUACGAGGACAGCUCGGACUCGGAGGACAGCAUCCCCCCAGAGAUCUUGGAAAGGACUUUGGAACCUGAUAGCUCCGACGAAGAGCCCCCUCCUGUGUACUCCCCACCAGCCUACCACAUGCACGUGUUCGACAGGCCUUACCCUUUGGCUCCCCCUACUCCACCGCCCCGCAUUGAUGUGCUGGGCUCUGCGCCCCCCUCCAGCCAGAGGCGCUAUCGGAACUGGAACCCACCACUGCUGGGCAACCUCCCCGAUGACUUUCUCCGCAUCCUGCCCCAGCAGCUGGACAGCAUACAGGGACAGAAUGCUGAACCAAAAGCCUCAUUUCCUGUCCGGGUCUGGAGAUUUCCUGUUCCACCCAGGGAAGGUGACAGCUCUGAGGAUACUCUGGCUGUAGCCACCACCCCAGGCUUGAGAGAGGGCAACCCUGGGGGUUCCAAGCCCAGGAGUGGAGCUGGCGGCCUGCCCCCUGUGGCUGGGCCUGGCACCCGGGACCAGGAGAGCCGCUGGAAGCAGUACCUGGAGGAUGAGAGGAUUGCGCUCUUCCUGCAGAACGAGGAGUUCAUGAAGGAGCUGCAACGCAAUCGCGACUUCCUUCUAGCCCUGGAGAAAGAUCGAUUGAAAUACGAGUCCCAGAAAUCUAAAUCAAGCAGUGUGGCUGUGGGAAGUGACUUUGGCUUUCCUUCUCCCGCUCCAGGAGUCAGUGACAACAACUCCACUGUGUCUGAAGAUGCCUUAUUCAGGGACAAGUUGAAACACAUGGGAAAAUCCACCCGGAGGAAGCUGUUUGAACUGGCCAGGGCCUUCUCAGAGAAAACCAAGAUGAGGAAGUCAAAGAGGAAACACUUGUUGAAGCAUCAGUCGCUGGGGGCUGCUGCAUCAACUGCCAAUCUCCUGGACGACGUGGAGGGCCACACUUGUGAUGAAGACUUCCGGGGAAGGCGGCAGGAGGUGUCCAAGGUGGAGGAAGCCCUAAGGGAAGGACAGUAAGAGAUGCCAGCAGCUCCUCCUCGCUGGAGAUGAUCUGACAUGGUGGAGGCAGCCAGAGAGCAAAACUGGCCCCCAGUUGAAGAGCCCAGCUGCAGCCAGACAGAUGGUGCUCGAGUACCAAGGCCCAGUGAUUCUCCGGCCACAGUCCAGCCCAGCCACUGCCACUUUCCAUGGGACUUAGAACUUCGGAGUUGCUGUGAUUGGAGGAAGGACCUGGGGUUGGGGUGCAACAGCCAACCAGGGCCUCUUUUGUAGCCAGGAUGUUCUAUGGGUAAGGGGUGGAAAUGCAGGAUCCAACUUCUCUUCUUAUAAACAAAACAAACAAAAAAACCCUGAUCCCCUACCCCGGUCCCCAGCUCCCUGCUGGGCACCUUGAGUUUAUUUCCAUGGCCUCCUGCAUCUCACCUUUUUCCUGGGGCUGCCGACCUGCACAGCCCCUUAGGCUGCCUUUGUUAGGGGCUGGCAUGGCCCCCAGCAGGGAUGGGGAGGGUGGCCCACCCCCCCGGAGCUGGAGGACUCUGGCUAGGCAAGGGUAGUCUGUACUUUCAUAGAAGACAAAAGCCAGUUUGGGAUGGGGCCCUGCAGUCUCAACAGUGGGAUCUCAAAGGGGCUCUGAAUCCUGAGCUGGACUAGAAGAUCUACUAUAGCCAAGGGUAUACAGCAGCGGGUUCUGAAGUGACCCUUGAGAAGGUACAGGACUGAGGAACAAGGUGAAGAGGCUGCCAGCCUGGGUGGGAGCACCCGGGCCAGAAGGGCUUCUUGGGUACCCCUUGCCAAGAGCGAGUAGGUGAAUGGUCAAGAGGAGACUCCGGUUCUACAAACCUUACCUGGCACCAACCACUGCCAAUGGGAGAGAGACUGCCUAGUCUCUCUGGCCGCACCAUCGGGAUGGGAACAUGCUGACCUCUCUGGAGACCCUGUGAGCCUGAGCAGCCCGAGGCUUCGGUGCUCUCCCGCCCCGCCCCGCCCCGCCCCCGGAGUGUGGAACCAGCCCAACCGCUGGGCUGAGAGUGGGAACCAAGCCUUGGCUGGGCCCUGGUGGCCUCAAGUCACCCCGGCAUAAUGAGGGCGUGGAGGGCGCUCAGGCCGGCGAGGCGACACUGCCAUUGCACCUCUUCCCACCCCCGCCCCACGCGGUGCUGGCGGACCGCCUGGCCGGACCCAGGCGGGAGGGGUCGGAUGCGCUACCGCCUCUGCGCGUGACCAAGUUUGGAAGCGCGCGGGGGGCGCUGUAGCCGGGGACCUGCUGCCCUCCGCUGUGCCCUGCGGCCAGGCUGUGCCUCCGAAGAGCCCCCCGGGCCCUCAGCCCAAGCUCCAGCAGGGUCUGACCCUCAGGGUUAGAGGUGGGGGGGCCUCUGGGCUGUGGCCCUGAACCGGGCGCACCGCGGGGAAGUCCCAGCCCCAUGUCUGUGUGUUGCUUUGUUAGUGGUUUUUUUUUUUUUUUUCUCUCUUAUGUGUGGGUUUUUUUCUUGGGGCUGUUUCAUAGGAAUUCCUGUAAUAAAGACCUGGUGUUCUCUUGGUGCUCUGA